GCCAACGGAAGCCGUAAAGUUUCAUUCUUGAGUUGUUGUUUUCUGCCUUUUUUUUCUUGAUGUGCAUUCGGCUGAUAUCAGCAAUUCAUUCCUUCCUGCUCUCCUGUUAACGUGCCGAUCGCAGCGGCCACGAUCAGCCUUUCCCUCUCUCUUCUUUUCUUGUGAAUCAGGGGUCGCUAAAGAUGGCAAAGACCUCCGCCGUGCAAACCGCAAGGAGGACGAAGCAGGCCGCCAAAGCGGCGGCGAAGGAGACGACGAAGGCGGUGAUAGAAAAACUGAACAAGCAGGUCCCGAUCAUGACCCUCUUCCGCUACCGGACCCGCUUCGAGUGGUUUGCUACCGUCAUCGGCUCCAUCGCAGCCUUCUGCUCCGGCGGUGCCACCCCGCUCUUUAUGUACUUUUUCGGCCGCAUGACCAACAACGCUUACGACGACGUGCAGGGACCUAAAGUGACGCGGAGCUUUGCCAUGCUCAUGACGUGCGUCGGCGUGCUGUCCAUGACGCUCGUGUUUGUCAAGACGGCCACCUACCAAGUAUGCGCGACGCGCCUUAUGGGCCGCCUCAAGGCCGCGUACUUUAUUUCCCUUCUGAAUCAGGACAUCGCCUGGCACGACGACCACAAACCCGGCGAGCUCAUCUCCCGCCUGACCGGCGAUACGCGCGUCAUUCUCAACGGCAUUAACGACCGUUUCGCUGGCUGGAUCGAGAACUUAGGCAUGGGCAUCAUCGGCAUCGUCUUCGCCUUCAUCGCCAGCUGGGAGCUCACACUGCUCAUCCUUGGCUCUCUCCCGAUAAUUGGCGUUGUGGUGUUCUUCUUAUCCACGCGGACGUCGAAGCACAUCACCAUCACACGCCGGCAGUACGCCGCCGCUGGUGCCGUCGCGCAGGAGGUGAUGCACAACAUUAAGACGGUGCAGAGCUUCAACCGUGAACUGCACGAGGCGAACCGCUUUGCGAACACCGUCGUCGCAUCUCGUGAGGCGGGCAUCACGAAGGAGUUUCUCGUCGUGAUGGCGGGCGGCGCCACGGUGGGUAUCAUGCUUUGCGUCUUGGGGUUUGCGUUCCUGCUUGCCCUGUUUCUGGUAAAUGAGAAUCGCGCUGAUGUCGGCUCUGUCUCCGCCGCCUUUCUGACGGUGCUGUACGGCGCCAUGGGCCUCGGCCAAGUCUUCCCAGCUCUUCUUUCGUUCGUGGAGGCACGCACCGCCGCCUACCCGAUUUUCUGCACGAUCGACCGCGUGCCGGAGAUCGACGGGGGCGCGCCGGGUGCUGAGGCGUUCUUCCGCGACAGCAUCGAACUCCGCGACGUCACGUUUGCGUACCCCACACGCCCGGAGCAGAAGAUUUUUGGCGGCCUCAACGUCACCAUCGCGAAGGGGCAGAAGGUCGCCUUCUCUGGCUCCACCGGCUGCGGCAAGUCGACCAUCAUCGCGCUGCUGCAGCGCUUCUACGACCCACAGGAGGGCGGCGUCUUGGUGGACGGCGUCGACAUCCGCGACUUUAACCUCAAGUCGUGGCGGCGGCGCAUCGGUAUCGUCUCGCAGGAGCCGAACAUCUUCUCUGGCACGGUGCUCGAGAACGUGCGCAUGGGCCGGCGCAGCGCGACCCUCGACGAGGUCGUCACGGCGUGUCGCAAGGCCCGCAUUCACGACACCAUCCAGUCUCUCCCCGACGGCUACGACACGAAGGUGGGCAGCGUUGGCAGUCAGCUCAGCGGCGGACAGAAGCAGCGGCUCGCGAUUGCCCGCGCCAUCGUGCGCGGCGCUGAUAUUCUUCUGCUCGACGAGGCCACCAGCGCGCUCGAUCGCAAGUCGGAGAUUGAGGUGCAGCGCGCCCUCGACGACCUCACGCUGAACAGCAAGAUGACGGUGGUGACCAUCGCACACCGCGUUGCCACGAUUCGCCACAUGGACUGUAUUUACUUCCUCGACGAAUGCAAAGGUGGUGGCAGCGCCAUCGCCGAGCACGGCACCUACGACGAGCUCCUGCAGCUCAACGGCCGCUUUGCCUCGAUGGUGAUGCUGCAAGACGCGUCGCUGGGGAACUUGCGCACCGUCGUGCACGACACGAGCUUCUACCUCUUCGCGGACGCCGCGGAGAAAGACGAUAAGUCAGAAGACGACUCGCGCUCGCAAACUUCCUCGUGGGACUCCGUCAGCAGCGGCAUCCGCAGCGACGAGGUGGAGGACUGGAGUCGUGCCCCCAACGUCGAGGAUGUCCCUUUUGAGCACCGCACGGACUGGGAGGAGAAGCACGCAAGGGGCGGGACCAUGUGGCGCGUAAUGAAGAUGACCAAGGGCCACAUGUGGGGCAUCAUCCUCGGCUUCGUAGGGUCGAUUAUCACGGCGCUCGUUUUCCCAUGUGUCGGUCUCAUCAUCACGCAGCUCAUCAACGUCCUCGGCGUAUACCGUGUCACGCAGGACGCCAAGGAGAUGCGGAGCAAGAUGACGCUGUACAUCAUUGUCCUGAUUGUGCUCGGCCUCGUGUACUUUCUCGGCUCCGUCCUGACAGGGUUUUACGGGUACGUGGGGGAGUACCUCACCUACGAUCUGCGCACGAUGCUCUUUCAGCAAGUCCUCCGGCAGGAUCAGACCUUCUUCGACAUGCCCCGCCGCGACCCUGGCGCCCUGUCCACCGUGCUUUCCGGUGACUGCGAGGCGGUGCACCAGCUCUACGGCCCGACACUGGGCUCUCGCCUCAAGUCUUUCUUUUCCUUCGGCGGUGGCAUCGUGAUUGGCCUUGUGAUGCAGUGGAAGGUGGGGCUCGUGUCGCUGGCAACGAUGCCAAUUUUUGUGGGCAGCAUCGUUGGCCAGCAGAUAUUGUUCGACGACGCAAACAAGUCGCGCAAGAGCGGCAUGGACACGGUAGUGAGCGAGGCACUCGGCUCCAUUCGCACCGUCAACUCCUUCAACAUGCAGAACAAGAUGGAGACGAUGUACAAGCGUCACAUCAACCGCGAGGAGCAGGUGUCGGAGCGCCGCUCCGUGCUCAUCAGCGCGCUCGUUGGCCUCACUGAACUGGCUCUCAUGGGCUCCACUGCGCUGGCCUUCUGGUACGGCGGCACCCUCAUCGAGAAGGGCGAGACGCACUUCAGCAAUGUCCUUGUCGCAGCGAUGGCCAUCACGAUGGGAUCGACGUUUGCAGGUGUGGAGGCAGGAAGCUUCGCCACAAAGCUGCGCGAUGCGCGCCGCUCAGCAAACCACGUCUUUUCCAUCAUUGACCGUGUGCCGGCGGUGGACAGCUAUGAGUACGGCAAGACGAACUUCAAGGAGAGCGUCGGCAUCGUGUUCCAGGACGUCGCCUUCCGUUACCCUGCCCGAGACCAGGUACAGGUGCUGAAUGACGUGUCCAUGUCUUUCAAGAACGGCACGUCCAAUGGGCUGAUGGGGCAGACCGGCUGCGGCAAGUCGACCAUCAUUCAAAUCCUCGCUCGUUUUUAUCCCAUUGCGGCCGGCACGGUGCUGAUUAACGGCGUCGAGCUGAGCUCGCUGGAUCUCGUCACGUGGCGCUCGCAGAUGAGCCUUGUGUUGCAGGAGCCCGCCCUCUUCAGCGGAACGAUCCGCGACAACAUCACCUACGCCCUGCCCAGUGCCACCGAGGAGGAGGUGAUCGAGGCGGCCAAGCUGGCGUGCAUCCACGACGAUAUCAUGAACAUGGAAAAGGGCUACGACACCGAAGUCGGCUAUCGCGGGCAGCAGCUGAGUGGUGGGCAGAAGCAGCGCGUCGCCAUCGCGCGUGGCGUCAUCCGCUGUCCGAAGCUGCUGCUGCUCGACGAGGCUACCAGUGCGUUAGACAACGCCACGGAGGCGGCGGUGCAGCGCAAUCUGGACGCUUUCCAGAAACGCUUUGCAGUGACAACGGUUAGUAUUGCCCACCGCCUUACCACAAUCCGUUACAGUGAUCAGAUCGUGCUGCUAGACAGCGGCAAGAUUAUAGAGCAGGGCUCACACGAAGAGCUAAUGGAAGUAGGUGGCGAGUACAAGUCGCGUUGGGAGCUUUCGCUUUCGUAA